CGAGUGUGGAAGGUCACAUGACCCGGAAAAUGUGGGGCUUGAUUCCUGUGUUGGAUUGCUCUCAGCUGCUGCGCUUCUGUCCUUCGCAGUGCAAACCGUCCGCUUCUGUCUUCGCGACCCACGCGCUCCGGGUCGACUCUCCUCAACGCACUAUGUCGGACCAAGCGUUUGUGACGUUGGCCACAAAUGACAGCUAUGCCAAAGGAGCCAUGGUUCUCGGCCAAUCAUUACGGAACCACCACACGACCAGGAAGCUGGUGGUUCUCAUAGGACCGCACGUUGCAGAACCGUGCAGAGAAGUGCUUCGAUCCGUCUUUGAUGAAGUGUGUGUCGUGGAUCUGAUGGAUUCUGGGGAUGCGGCUCACCUGGCGCUGAUGAAGAGGCCGGACUUGGGAGUGACGUUCACCAAACUGCACUGCUGGACGCUCACACAGUACAGCAAGUGUGUGUUCAUGGAUGCAGACACAAUGGUGCUGUCCAACGUAGACGAGCUGUUUGAGAAGGAGGAGCUUUCCGCGGCUCCAGAUCCUGGCUGGCCAGACUGUUUCAACUCUGGGGUUUUCGUCUUCAGACCGUCCAAUGAAACGCAUGAAAAGCUGGUGGCUUUUUGUGGGGAAAAUGGCAGCUUUGACGGGGGAGAUCAGGGGGUUCUCAACAGUUACUUCAACACCUGGGCGACGGCGGAUAUUUCCAAACACCUCCCCUUUAUCUACAACCUCAGCAGUAUCGCCAUCUACUCCUACCUGCCAGCCUUUAAACAGUAUGGCCACAGUGCCAAGGUGGUGCACUUUCUGGGCAAAGUGAAGCCGUGGAACUACUCCUACGAUGCCGAGAGAGGCGAAGUCAGAGGUCACUCGCUGUCGCCCGACGAGGGUCACCUUCACUCCGAUUACCUGCUCAUGUGGUGGCAGCUGUACGCCAAAUCCGUGGUGCCGCUGCUGCAGAAGGCCUACGGGGACACGCCCUUCAACAGCGGCUGCGUGGAGCCGAGCAGCGAGGAGAAACUUCAGAAAGACGAGAUUUGGCAGCAGGAGUUUGCCCCGCCCCCUUCUGCGAAAAACAUCUCCUCGGAGGAGAGGAAGCAGCGCUGGGAAGCCGGUCAGAUGGACUACAUGGGCGACGACUCCUUUGCCAACAUCGAGCGAAAACUCGACUCUUUCCUGAAGUAGCAGACGGCCGACACCAGAUGAGGUGUUGGACGGCAUUCCUUUCACUGUGUCGCUGCGGCUCGAACACCAGGCAAAUCGAUGAAAACUCCUGUGCAAUUUCGGCCUCAUUCCCUGCAACUUGGACCUAGAGAAAGGGAGAAGUUCCUGUGCACUCUACUGUUCGUUUUCUUCUUUAAGAAAAAGUUUGACAAUUUAGGAAAUAAUGUUCUCACACCCAGGAGUGUCCGACCGUCGGAAAGGGAAAAACAUUUAGAGAAAACAGGAAAUGUCCACUAGAUUUCUUGAAUAAUCGUUUUUUUUCCAUUACAUUUCAGAUGAGCACCUUAAGGAGGGAGAAAAUAACCGGUGCUAAAACAAUCUUAGAGUUUUGGAUUAUCUUAAAACUGCUUUUGAAAAAGAAUUAACGUUCAAUUUCUCCAGUUUGGAGAGAUUAAAGAUUCUGAUCAGGCUGAUGAACUGUAACUGUAUUUCCAAAUUUAUCUUGUUUUGUGUCAAUUUCCUAAAAUGUUACACUUUUCUUAUGAACCCAACAGAGAAAGAAGUCUUCCUACACUGUGGAAAUCAAGCCUUUAACUGCAGAAAAAAAAGUUGUUUUUUUUUUACUCUUUGUGCAAAUAUUCUGUCAAACGUGCCGUGGAUGCACCUCAGUGCUCACCAGCUCUCUGUGACGUCUAGUUUCGUGGUGUAUCUGCAUGGCUGAAGUCCGAUGCGAGUAUGUGACAAAGUACAUCCACCAAAGUCCAUGCCGAGAUUUUUUUUUGUACUUCCACCCAAUUCACAACCGUCUGUCAUCAUUUCCUUUUUUGCUUUUCUUUUGUAGUGUCUCCAUAGUUCCUAUUCACAGUUUACGAAACCUCACUGACUCUAACCGCUGCUAGUGACUGUUGACUCCGCCCCCUUUACCCCACCGUUAAAAGUCUGAAGCUCUUCCGUCCGUUAAGCACUCCGACUUGAAGCUGGAGUUCAGCUGCAGUUUUUUGUGUGGAAAAUGAUUAACUGUAGUAGACUAAUGCACAAGUAGUUGUAAACCUUCUGAUAGCUAAUAAAGAUGUGAAACUAUUUGCAAA